CCGGAAGUAUAACUUCAUAGCGGUAGGCCACUUCCGGUUGUGGGAUAAAGAUGUCGCCGUCCCUAUUCAAUUUUGUUGACGCUAAAGACAAAUUUGCGGCUUCUGCCAGACAUGCCCUGGGUGCAAAGACCAGCAAACCCUUAAUUAAUGUAUUCAACCAGAUGCCCGGGAAUGAGACGGAAAAGAAAACCACCCUUGACCAAGCUCUGAGGGGUGUCCUUGGUGAUCAGAUGGUUGAGCAGAAGGGGAGCUGUGAUGACUACCUGUCUCUCAUAUACUUGAGUAUUGAUGCCGUUACAGAGGGUAUUUGUUCUGCUACAACUCCCUUUCUCCUUCUGGGAGAUGUACUGGACUGCCUUCCUCUUGACCAGUGUGACAGAAUUUUCUCUUUUGUCGAGGAGAAUGUUUCCACUUGGAAGUCGAACUCUUUUUACUCUGCUGGGAAGAAUUACUUACUAAGAAUGUGCAAUGAUCUUUUAAGGAGGCUUUCCAAAUCUCAGAACACAGUAUUCUGUGGGCGAAUCCAGCUUUUCCUUGCACGUCUCUUCCCCCUGUCUGAAAAAUCAGGUCUUAAUCUUCAGAGCCAGUUUAAUCUUGACAAUAUAACAGUGUUUAACAAAAAUGAACAAGAAAGCACUCUUGGGCAAAAGCACACAGAGGAAAAAGAAGAUGGUAUGGAGGUGGAAGAAGGAGAAAUGGGAGAGGAUGAUGCACCGGCUCCAUGUUCCAUUCCCAUCGACUACAACCUGUACAGAAAGUUCUGGACACUGCAGGACUAUUUCAGAAACCCUGUGCAGUGUUACGAUAAAUUCUCAUGGAUGACAUUCCUUAAGUUCUCAGAUGAAACCCUGGCAGUGUUUAAGAGCUACAAGUUGGAUGACAUGCAGGCUUCGAAGAGGAAGCUGGAGGAGCUGAGAGCAUCUAGUGGAGAACACGUCUACUUUGCGAAGUUCCUUACAAGUGAGAAGCUGAUGGACUUGCAGCUCAGCGACAGUAACUUCAGACGGCACAUUUUACUGCAGUACCUCAUCCUCUUCCAGUACCUGAAGGGUCAGGUCAAGUUCAAAAGCUCCAGCUGCAUUCUGAAUGAUGACCAGACUACGUGGAUUGAAGAGACAACCAAACUGGUUUACCAGCUGCUGAGGGAGAUUCCUCCUGAUGGGGACAAGUUUGCCAUCAUGGUCGAGCACAUCCUCAACACAGAAGAGAACUGGAACGCCUGGAAGAAUGAGGGAUGUCCGAGCUUUGUUAAAGAAAGGACAGUCGAUGACAAACCCAAGAGACCAACCAGGAAAAGACAAGCUCCAGAGGACUUCCUUGGAAAAGGCCCUGACCGCAAGAUCUUCAUGGGAAAUGACGAAUUGACCCGUCUGUGGAAUCUGAACCACGACAACAUGGAGGCCUGCAAGUCUGACAGCAGGGAGUUCAUGCCUUCACUGGAUGAGUUCUUUGCAGAGGCCAUUGAACAGGCGGACCCCGCUAACAUGGUGGAGGAGGAGUACAAAGUUGUACGUAACCCAAACUAUGGUUGGCGUGCCCUCCGACUGCUGUCGAGGAGGAGUCCGCACUUCUUUCAGCCAACGAAUCAGAAGUUCAAGAGCCUGGCCGAUUACCUCGACAGCAUGGUCAGCAAACUGGCCAAAGAACUGCCGAAGGAUAUUCCCUCUGAAGAGAUCAAGACAGGAGAAGAGGAUGACGAUGACAACGGAGACAAUCUUCUUAAAGACAGCAACGACAGUCCGAGCAUCCAAACGAAACUGGUGACGAACCAGCAGAUGGACGACAUCGCAGCCAAACUGGGAGCUCAGUGGAAGACGCUGGCUUCCCAUUUAGACAUGAACGCGUCAGAGCUACGAGAGAUCGAGACCGACAGCGAGGACGUCGACAUGCAGGCCAAACUGCUGCUGGUGGCCUGGCAGGACCGAGAGGGUACACAGGCCACCGUGGAGAGCCUGGUCACAGCUCUGAAUGCUGCCGGGUUCUCUCAGAUCGCAGAUGGCCUCAGUGAGGCUUAGUGUAGUCUAAUGCUUUCAAUACGUCGCUGCAUCCUUUUCAUACCAAAACUAAUUGGGAUAUACAUUUUUGUAUGUAGUGUAGGUUAAAACACGUUUUUUCACAGUAGAAAUAUCAAUAAAUGUUUUUUCUAUUACA